AUGAUCGACACCAUCUUUCUCUUCUGCUUUUGGCCAUCAUUCAAUGAAGCUACUGCUGCUGGUCUCGAACGUCUACGUGCAGUGAUUAAUACUUAUUUGUCGAUUUGUUCUUCUGUUCUUGGUACUUUUAUAGCAUCGUCUCUUAUUCGACAUGGUAAACUUGACAUGAUCCAUGUGCGAAGUUCUACUCUUCCUAGAGGCGUAGCAGUAGAUACUGUUGCUUCAUCAAAUAUUGGUUUACAUGAUGCCAUGAUCAUUGGUACGUUAGCUGGUUUUAUAUCAACAAUUGGUUUUUAUGCUGUAUUACCUAAACUGAAACUUAUUCGUAUACAUGAUGCAUGCGGUGUCCAUUACUUAUAUGGAGUACCAGGUUUUCAAGAUUAUUUAACUAAUUUAUAUCUCACAGGUGGUCUGCAACGUUCAAAUAAUAUUCAAGUAGUCUAUCAAGCAGCUGCGCUCGUACUCACAUUAGCUAUGACUAUCGUUGGUGUAUUUUUUGCUGGAGCACUAUUACGUUUGCUAAUAUUUGUCCAGAAAUCACAGUAUCUUGAUGAUGAAGUCCAUUGGUAUAAACCAGAUGAAAUAGGAAGUGUUAAACUAUGA